GGGUUCGGCGGCCGCCGCCGGUAACGGCUCCGGGCCGGGCCCCGCCAUGUUCCUCCUCCUCCUCCUCCUCCCGCCGCCGCCGCCCCCAUGAGCCGCAAGAAGAGCGGCUUCGCCAUCACCAGCGUGCGCGGCGGCAGCGGGGCCGCGCCGGGCGAUGCCCCCGGGGCUUCUUCCUCGUCCUCCACCGGCGGAAGCCCCGGCGGCUCGUCCCGGUUCCGCCUGGUCCGGUUCCUGGCGCCGGGGGAGGUGCUGCGGCGGGGCCGGUGGCUGUGCAGGGAUUUCUACGAGCGGGACGCGGCGCCGCGGGGCUCCGGGAGGGUCCCGGUUUCGCUGGACGCCCCCCGGGCCCCCCCCGCCCCCCACCAGCCGCGAUCGCUCGGGGCCUUCGCGCAGCUCGUGCAGCAGGCGCUGCCCCCCAAGCCCCCCUCGCCGCGGCCGGCGGGGGCCGAGCUGAGCGCGCGGCUGGAAUUGGCCGGAGAGGAGAGCGAGGAGGAGGGCUCCGGCAGCGUCUCCGCCAUCGACAACAAGAUCGAGAGGGCCAUGGACCUGGUGAAGUCGCACCUGCUGCUGGCCGUGCGGGAGGAGGUGGAGGCUCUGCGGGAGCAGAUCCGGGAGCUGAGCGAGCGCCGGGCGCAGCUGGAGCAGGAGAACCGCCUGCUCCGCACCCUCGCCACCCCCCAGCAGCUCGCCCUGCUGAGCCCCCCCGGGCCGCCCCCGGGGCCGCCCUGAGCCCGAGGGGUGGUCCCGGGGGGCUUCUCAGGGGGGCGGGCGGGGGGUCCCCGCUCGCCACUGCUUUAGGGGGGGGUGGGGGGUGUAACGCACCUCCCUCCCCCUUUCUUGCGCAAUUUGGGGCCUUUUCUAAUAAAGCCGGGUUUUUACAGCA